AUGUCAAGCGAAGCCAAAAAGCGAGCAUUAAGCAGCUCUGAAGAGCAAGAUGAGCACCCUAGUAAGCGCAUUAUGGAGAAAAAUAGAAGUGUACACCUUACAAAACUACCAUCAAGUGAGUUCAUUGAGUAAGUUCUAUUUUCACAUAUUUCACAUUACACUUUCUCCAGAAACACCACCUUUGUCCAGUAACCCUUCUUCCAAGCCUCCUAGAGUCUUGACAGUCUCUUGUAAAGCUCAUCGUUAACCUCAACACAGUGCAUUUAUGAAAUACCAGAAGGAACCGAACGUUACGGUUACAGUCGAGGGGAAGAAAUUCAUGCUACCAAAGCAACUUCUUUACGAUCGUUCUCCUUUUUUCGAUGGAGCAUUCAACGGCAAAUUUCAAGAGAGUAUCACAAAGGCCCUGGAUCUGAAAGAGGCUCAUGCGUCAACCUUUGAGCAUAUUAUUCGGUGGAUGAUCUUGGGAUGUGCCCGUAUUCAUCUUGAAUCCAGUUCCAAGCCCGAAGAACUCUCCAAAGCUACCAGUCAAUACGUCGAGUACUUUAUGCUCGCCGAUAGGCUCGGUCUUGAAGGCGAUUUCAAGCCUGAUGCCUCGAUACUGAAGAAAGUAAUAAAGAAAUGGAGGUUAGCACUUACGGCCGAGCAUCUCAGAACAGCAGCCAAUCCCCCGAAGGAUCACAUCUUACGGGCUACCCUUGCUCAAGCCUGUGUUAAAGAGUAUUUCGGUUUUUUGAGCUCGGAUAGACCCUUCCGAUGUCAAUCCAAGCCCUUCCGAUAUCAAGCUGAGAUGGAUGGGUUAGAGGGAUUCGCAUCGGACCUGCUUCAAGCCUUCCAUAGCGCUAGCAAAGGAGUGGCAUUCGUAACUACCCAAGCUAUUUUUGAUGAGGACUUUGAGGAGGUUUCUGAGGAGGCUUCCGAUGAUUAUUUUUGA